GUCUAAUACGACCUAUAGAGCUGAAAUUUUUACCAGAAGCAUAUCUCACUAAGAUCACUCAUCCCUGAAAAUUUCAGCUCAAGCGGACCAUCCUAAGUGGGAGAUUUUUUCUGAGGGGGGGGGGUCCCCUUAAGUAAGGCUGCAUACUUGAAUAAUAUUAUUAAAUAUUUUCAUAUGUACUUUUGAGAAUAAAUAAAAUUAACUAUUUUAUUAAAAAAAUCCAAUAGAAGACAAUGUGUUUAUCAUUUUUGUUUUUUCUUUUCAGUAUUCCAAAUGUUCAAUCUAUAAACGAAGAUGAUUUACCUAGAGUAGCAUCAUUAAAAAUAUUCGAUUUGUACAUAUUGACACAAUGUGAUAUUGAUUCACUUGGUCUUAUUCUUGAUUGUAUGCCUAAUCUUCAAGAAUUUAGUUUUACACUUAUCGUUGAACAUCUUCAUACACCAUUUAUUGAUGUCUUACUCAAUGGAAAUAACUGGCAACAAAUGUUGACAAGUCAUGUAUCACAUUUGACCAAAUUCGAUAUUCAUAUGUCUUUUUUAACACACGAUGGACUAGUCAAUUCCAAAUUGAUUCUUGAUUCAUUUCGAUGUUUUUGCACACAAUAUAAUGGUUGGCAUAUGGCUAUUAGUCGAUGGAAAACUUUUCAAGAUUUUAUACUCUGUAAGUCAAAGAAAUCAUGA